UGGUGAGAUCGCAAGUGGUUAGUCUUUGGGUGACAGAGGAAACUGCUCCCUGACUGAUAAGCAGACAUUGCAGCAGAGAGACACAUGCUGUUUCAUAAGGAUACGCCUGAUUUCCAGAUAUAACCAUGUUUUUGUGGCUUAAACUCUUGGCAUUUGUCUUUGCCCUUCUGGAGAAGGAUGUUUUUGUCAAAGGUCAAGCUGAAAUGUCUACUACACCUAAUUAUUCUAAUCCAUCACCCUUGCAUGCCUCCACGUUACCAUCCACGACUCUUACUCCAUCCAGCAAUUCAACAAACAUUUCUCAGUCUUCUGCAGACAUCUCACAUUCCAUGGCUACAACUGCUUCCAGUCUCACAAUAGCACCCACUCCAACAAAUGUUUCCGAAGUGGACUGUGGAAAAAAGAUCGCUUCAGUGGGUCCUUACAAGUACUUAAAGGACUCAGUCAAGGCAACAUUGAACAUUUCUGGAUUGAUAUUGAAAAAUUGCUUCUGUAAACCUGAGUGUAAUAUAGCAAACAGUUCCUCUAUUGAAAACCUCACAGAAUGUCAAGAAUAUAACAUUUACCUGGAAUUUAAGGAUGGAUGCAAUAGAAAUCUUUCAUUUUCUGUUCCACCUAAUACAAAAGAAAAUGAACUUGAGGUUCAAGAUACAACUAAUAUCUCUGUGACCUUAAAAUGGACAAAGAACUUUCAAGAAAAUUGUCAUUUGACUUACACGUAUGGCUGUGAAUCUGGAAAUCAUUCUAGUGCAGGAGAUGAUCAAUCUAAGGAACCUAAUAAAAUAGUGACAGAACUUUUACCGUACCACAAUUAUACUUGCACAUCAAAAAUAAUCUUUGCUGGUGAAAGAAUCGAGACGCAUACAAAAGAAAUACAAACAGAUGUUGGAGUUCCAGGGAUACCUGAAAAUGUGACUCAAGUAGUAACUUCUGAAAAUGUAUCAAUUACCUGGCGUGGACCCUCAAACAUAGCUGGGCCUAUAGGUGGAUAUAUUGUGACAUGUAAAAAGGGGAAGUCUGUCUUUUUGAAUAAAGAAAAUCAUACACAUACCUGCACGGGAUAUGAGCCAUACAAUGAGUAUACAAUAACAGUGAGAGCAUACACCAAGAAUAAGAAAAAUGAAACGGUUAAAGGAGAAGAGCAGGCUUGUAAAGGGCAUACGACAUCAGCAGAACCACUUAUCCAGUCAUCAAAACUAGAAUUUCUGUCAAAUAAUGAAGUCAAAAUUCAAUGUGUUUCGAAAGCAAAUGGUCCAGAGGAAAAGUUUAUACUGACAUGGGAGGGCAAAAAUGAGACAAAGGACUCAUGUAUAUUUAUAAAAAAAGGUCUUUCCUACUUGACAUCAUAUGAUUUUGAGAUCCUUGCCAAGAAUAGAGACUUUUAUGGGAAUCGUCUUUAUAAAACAGUAACAACAAAAUAUAAUUCUAAAGCCCUGAUUAUAUUCUUGGCAUUCUUGAUUAUUGUCACAUCAAUUGCCUUGCUUCUAGUUCUGUACAAAAUCUAUAAUCUUCACAAAGACAGCUUACGGAGUUCAUCUGAAGAUGUGGGGCUUGUUAGAGUUAAAGAUGAUGAAAAGCAGCUGCUGAACAUAGAGCCCAUUCCUGCAGAACUGUUGUUGGAAAACUACAAGAGAAAGAUUGCUGAUGAAGGAAGACUAUUCCUGGAUGAAUUUCAGAGUAUUCCAAGAAUUUUCAGUAAGUUUUCAGUUAAGGAAGCACGCAAAAACUGUAACCAGAAUAAAAACCGUUACAUCGAUAUUCUCCCAUAUGAUUAUAACCGUGUUGAACUCUCAGAAAUAAUGGGGGAACCAGGAUCGGACUAUAUAAAUGCAAGCUAUAUAGAUGGCUUCAAGGAACCAAGAAAGUACAUUGCAGCACAAGGUCCCAAGGAUGAGACUACUGAUGAUUUUUGGAGAAUGAUCUGGGAACAGAAGGCGACAAUUAUUGUCAUGGUGACUCGCUGUGAGGAAGGAAACAGGAACAAAUGUGCCCAGUACUGGCCAUCCAUGGAGGAUGACACUGCAACUUUUGGGGAUAUCGUUGUGAAGAUAAAUGAAAUUAAAACGUGCCCUGACUACAUCAUCCAAAAACUGAAUAUUACCAAUAGAAAAGAGAAGACAUCUGGGAGAGACAUCACUCACAUUCAGUUUACUAGCUGGCCUGACCAUGGUGUGCCCGAAGACCCGCAUCUCCUCCUCAAACUGCGCCGCCGAGUUAAUGCUUUAAGCAACUUUUUCAGUGGCCCAAUAGUGAUUCAUUGCAGUGCUGGUGUUGGACGCACUGGGACCUAUAUUGGCAUUGAUGCAAUGCUGGAGGGGCUAGAUGCAGAAGGCAGAGUUGAUGUUUAUGGCUAUGUUGUAAAAUUACGCCGACAGCGAUGUCUCAUGGUUCAAGUAGAGGCGCAGUACAUCUUGAUUCAUCAAGCACUGGUGGAAUACAAUCAAUUUGGUGAAACAGAAGUCCCUCUCUUAGAACUGCAUACUUACCUUAACAACCUAAAGAGAAGAGACCAACCCAAUGAACCAUCUCUGCUGGAAGCAGAAUUCCAGAGGCUGCCAACCUACAAGGGAUGGCGGACACAGAACACUGGAAAUCGUGGAGAAAAUAGAAGUAAAAACAGGAAUUCCAAAGUAAUUCCAUAUGAUUUUAACCGUGUACCAAUUAAACAUGAAGAGGAGAAAAGCAAAGAGAGUGAACAUGAUUCAGAUGAAUCCUCUGAUGAGGACAGUGAAAGUGAGGAAGCAAGCAGAUACAUCAAUGCUUCAUUCAUAUCUGGUUACUGGGGUCCAAGAGCAAUGAUUGCAACCCAAGCACCAAUGCAGGAAACAAUCAAUGACUUUUGGCAAAUGGUCUUCCAAAGAAAAGUCAAAGUCAUCGUUAUGUUGACAGAGCUGAAAGAAGGAGAUCAGGAACUCUGUGCACGGUACUGGGGAGAACAAAAACAAACAUAUGAUGGUAUAGAUGUUGAAAUGAAAGAUAUCAGCCAGUCUUCUAGCUACACCAUCCGUGUGUUUGAUGUCACACAGGUGAAGAGGAAAGAAACUCAAACAGUGUAUCAUUAUCAGUACCAUAACUGGAAUGGCAUGAAUGUUCCAGAAAACCCCAAGGACUUGAUCUCCAUGGCUCUAAACCUCAGAAAAAAGCUCCCAGAUAAGCCUGUCACUGAGGACAACAGAUACAGCCGGAGUGUUCCAAUUGUUAUUCAUUGCCGUGAUGGAUCCCAACAGACGGGCAUGUUUUGCGCUUUGUUGACUCUUGUGGAAAGUGCAGAAAUAGAAGAGGUAAUAGAUGUCUUCCAAGUUGUGAAAUCUCUUCGGCGUUCCAGGCUGGGAAUGGUCACCAGUUUUGAACAUUACCAAUUCCUGUAUGAUAGUGUUGCCACCAUCUACCCUCCGCAGAAUGGACAAGUAAAGAAAAAUAGCAAACAAGAAGAUAAAGUUGCAUUUGACAAUGAAGUAGAUAAAGCAGAUCAAGAAGCUAAUUUGGUUGCUAUUGAUCUCACCUCAGUGACGCCAGAAGCUAGAAAGGAUUCGGAAGCAUGUGAAGAUUCUAAAUUUGCAGACUGCAUUAAAGGAACAGAGAGUUCUACAAACGGCCCCACAACUCCAGUUUUAUAAUAUAUAAGUCAUGGUACAGAUUUCUAUAUGCAAAGGAGUUUAAAAAAACAGAAUAAGAAGCAGACAUUUCCUUUUUCCUCACCGUUUUUUAAAAAGAUUCACCCUGGGUCCAUUUUUAGGAGGUACGGUAUUCAAAGAAUACUUGAAAGUUGUGGCACUGUAAAAGUUUAAUUUUCCUGUAGAUUUAUUUGCAUUUUAUACUUUUUCGACAAAUUAACUAUUUUUCAUUUUUUCCAAGUUUGUACAGAAUAUUGAUGUUUCUAAUAAUAUUCUAGUUUUGAGCAUUG